AUGGCAGUAGAAAAAUUAAUCAAACAAGGUCAAGAAUCAAUAGACUCCAAAGAUUACCUAAGUGCAAUUCAAUCAUUAACUCAAGCAAUAAAAGAAAAUCCAAACGCAUUUCAAGCAUACCUCAAGAGAUCAACAGCUUAUCAAAAACUUAAAAACUACGAUGACGCAAAGAAAGAUAUAUCAUCAGCAUUCACUAUCGCAAAUGAAAGAGGUAAAAGAUCAGAUAUUGGAAUUUGUUAUUUCAAAUUAGGUUUAAUUUAUUAUCAACUUAAAAAUCUCAAAACUAGUUUAAUUCAAUUUCAAAAAGCUAAAUCAUACGAUUGUAAUGAAUCUACUUUGGAUAUGUGGUUAAGUAAAUGUGAAUAUGAUUUGAAAAAUCAUCCUGAUUGGAAUAUUGAUGAUGAUGAUGAUGAUGAGUUUAAAUUAGAUUAUGAACAACCAAAAGAAGAACCCAAAGAAGUGCCAAAACUCGAGGAACUAGAUAUUGAUGAAGAAGAAAAACAACAACCAAAAUCAGCUACAGCAACUGCAUCAAAAGAAUCAAUCAAACCUACAACCACACAAACUCAACCAUCAAUUAAAUCAACAAAUAUUGACGUAAUCAACAAAAUAGCACCAUUAAAUACCAAAAUAAGAGAUGAUUGGUAUCAAACAAAUGAACAAGUUAUAAUAACAAUUUAUGCAAAAAAUGUACCUCAAGAUAAAUUAGAUAUUAAAUUCGAUUCAAAUUCAUUAUCUAUUUCAUUCCCAAAUAAAAUUACCAAUUCAGAAUAUAAUUACAAUUUAGAUCCAUUAUUUGACGAGAUCAAUCCAUCCGAAUCAUCUUAUAAAGUAUACGGAACAAAACUAGAAAUCUAUUUGAAAAAAACAACUCCAACAAAAUGGUCAACUUUAGAAAAACCACAAUCAACCACAACCACUUCAUCAGAUUCAACUCCGGCUUACCCUACAUCAUCCAAGAAAAAAAUCAACUGGAAUAAAUUUACAGUAGACGAUAAAGAAGUUGGAGCUUCAGGAGAUGGAUCAAAUGAUUUUUUCCAAAAUAUUUACAAGGAUAUGGAUGAAGAUUCUCGAAGAGCAAUGAUGAAAAGUUAUGUACAAAGUAAUGGUACAGUUUUAACUACAAAUUGGAAAGAAGCUAAAGAUAAAGAAUUUGAAACUUCUCCUCCUGAUGGUAUGGUUGCUAAAAAAUGGGGUCAAUAA